GCGAUCGCGAAUCACAGGGAAAUUAAGUUCUCCACACUACUGCGUUCUCAGUGGGGAUGAGGUAACGAACUGUUUAUUGUACUGUAUUCAAUAUCGUGCAUGCUGUUGUUACACUGAAGCUUCCAAAGUAAUGCUGUUGUAACCGAAAGUCUCGGUCCAGGAAGUUGUCUUUGUUUGGUUUGCAUUCCCGUCAAAUACGCAAGGUGACGUCAAGUGGGGAUUAGGUCACAUUUGCGACGGAUCUGCUGUGUAAAUAUCAUCAAUAUCAUUAUCAUACUUGAGCCACGCGAAUUUGUUUGAAUACUGAAAUAAUGAUGGACAGGAGCUGCUGAGGCAGUUCUACACAGUGGUCAUCGAAUCAGGCCUGUGUAAUUCCAUCACAGUCUGGUUUGGUGCGGCUACAAAAAAGGACAAACUCCGAUUGCAACGGACAAGCAAAACUGCUGAAAAGAUUGUCGGUACCCCCUUACCCACCCUUGUGGACUUGCACGCUGACAGAACUAAGACAAGAGCGUGCAAAAUCCUCUCGGACUCUCCACAUCCCGGUCACCGGCUCUUCCAGCUCCUUCCCUCAGGUUUGACAACUCAUACAAGAUCUGUGCAUGCUCAGAGAAGUGAAUGGAACCUCUGGACAUCUGGUUAACAUAAUACAUCCUUUUGGCACAAGAAAGCUAGGCUCAGCACAAUACGGCUGGCUCCAAAUGUAAUGGCCCAAGGAUGGAUUCUCUCAAUCUUGAUAGUCAGCAUGGUCAUUUCUUAUGCUGCUGCAGAUCCUCCAGAUCCCCCUUCCAAACCCGAGUGCCACAUUCCAUGUGAUGACAGCUGUGGGGUUGAUAUUCACUGUAGCUGGAAUCACAGAUUUGAUCCUCAGAUCCUCACAAACUACAGUCUACACUGGGAAACCGCACACAGCAUAGAGGACCGUGUGAAUACUGGGACAAGUUUGAGUGGGUUCAUCGACCGUGAACACUUUUCCAUGAACAGUGAACUUCAUGUUUGGGUUCAGGCUGAAAGCAAACACGGUUCCGCCAAAUCCCAAGUGGUUGUGUUCGACACAGGAGACCUUACAAAGCCACCACCUCCUCUAAUUACACGUAGUUAUGAAGAUCCUUUGGAAAUAUCAUGGAGUUCCAUCUGUAAUGAGCCACACCUCUCUUUGGGGUCGUGUGAUGUGCGAUUUCGGACUCAAGCAGAAAAACUAUGGCAUGAGGAUGAAAUUGGAGCUCAAGUCACCUAUGAAUUUAGUGGUCCCGUCCAAGCUGGUGUAGUCUAUGAAUUUCAGGUACGCUGUUCCUGUGCCACAGGCUUGAUCAGCGACUGGAGUGCAACCCACAGAAUAAGGAGUUCUGAGGCAGCUCCUACUGGACAGAUAGAUGUAUGGAAGGAUUGUGGCGUGCCUGCCACCAAUGCUGAUUGUGUUGUGACCUGGAAGAAGCUUCCUACAUCUCAGGCUCACGGACAAAUUCUGGGAUAUGAAGUUACGCUGUUCUCCAAACACACCACGAAUGUAUUAGUGAAUAUUUCCGUAGCUGAGCCGAGGGGCUUGUUGAUGUGUGAUGAGCUGAAGUGCUACCUCAAGUCCUCUUUAAAGAGUGUGUCAUCAGCCAGUGUAUCAGCGUACAACGCCCGUGGUGCUACAGUGCCCUCUUACCUUGCAAUUCCAACACCAGGUAAAGUGAGAAGUGAGCACUCCAUUGAUGUCAGGAUGAAUACGGAGAACCUCACCGUCUCAUGGGCGCUCCCCUCUCAGCUCCCCGACACCAAAUCAUUCAAGGAAUAUGUGGUCCAAUACAAACAAGCAGGACGUCUUCUGGGGAAAGGAUUUAACUGGAUCAGAGUGAAUAAAAGCUGUACUACAGUUACAUUUAAAGGUCAUUUUGAAAGGUACAGGCCCUACCAAGUGUCACUAUUUACUGUUACACACGAUCAACAAAGCCAUCACUUUUCAUCCGUUAUUGGUUAUUCUUGUCACGGAAUUCCCGCUAAAGUGCGUUCAUUUAAAGUCAUUUCCAUUGCUGCGACACAUGCAACCCUGUUCUGGGAGCCUGUUCUGCUGACCAUGCAGAACGGGCUGAUCCUCUACUACGAAAUAGGUGUUCACGGACAAAUGGCAGUGUACAAUGUGAGCGCCUCCCCUCAGGAUGAAAACAAGACCUUUGAGCUGCUGAAUGUCAGUGCAGAUCAGGAGUAUGAAGUGUGGAUCAAGGCUGUGACCGAAGCUGGGCCGGGAGACAAUGUCACCAUCAGUUUCAUCACAAACCAACAACAGCAUCUUCAGUUAAAGUUAAAAUCACAUUUAUUAUCACUCCUGAUCCUACUAUGUCUCCCAGUCAUAAUAUGCUGUCUUUUGGUUUUACUCAGUUUUCAUAGAGGAACAAGCAAGACAUGUUUGUGUAUAAAUGAGAAGAUACCAGAUCCAUACAAUAGCACCAUCUACCAAAUGAUGGCGUAUCAGGUGAAUGAGCCAGUGGCUUGGAUUUGCAUCCCAAUCUAUGAACCACACCCCACCAUGUCCACGUUAGAGGUAGUGGAAAUCCAGCACCAGCUAUGUGAGCAAAACUGCUUCUUUGAAGACCAAACAAGACCAGCAGCUUCCUUAGAGGGAUGUACAAGGAAACAUAGAUAUGGUAAAGGAGAGUACAGCAAAAUGGUUGACUCUGAGGAGGAAAAGGACAUGAGCGAGGUGACAGGCAGGGAUGAUUGUUGGAGCUUGUCAGAAGAAGAACAAGACACAUCAGGAUAUGAACAGCACUUCAUACCAACUGCUGCGGAAAUACUGAAUGCUUGAUACAGUGUAUUCACAGUAAUAUAGUAUUAGCUGAGUCAGUCAUUACUAUUUUUUUCCACUGAACCCAUUAUAAAUGUAUACAAAUAAGAAAAUGUUAUAUCCCUAUACAAGUGAUUGAAAGCACAUUCUAAGAGCUGCGUAAUGUAUUUUGCUGGACAGGCCAGUUUAUACAGAGUAUUAUUUUGUUUACAGUGUACUUUUUAUAUUUUCUUGAUAUAAAUUGUUAUUUCAAAAGCGUACAGCUAUUGAUGAAAUAAACAUUUUCGAAGCAA